UUCUUGGCUGAGCGAGCUGCUGGCUGGGUGUGAGCGACAGACCCUGUCGGGAGUCAGCUGAGAUUUUCGUGCCAGGUAUGAUGAAGCAGAGGCCAAUGGAAAACUGAAGGAUGUCUGCUAUGUACAGAGGCCAUUGAAACACUUCAUGCAGCUGGAAGACAGCAGCCCCCUGACAGGAGCAUUAUUGCAUUUGGAAUUUCAAGUUUACAGAGGGUCUGCUUCGCAAAGUUGGGCAGACCUAUAGGUGAUGCAGUGACAGCUCUGAAGGCUGCAUAUGAUCCCAGAAUCAGAACCGAGGAGGAAGAUGGGCCUGAAGCUAGACCGUUUGCCCCUGGGAAUAUUACCAUCCCAGCCCUGUUUGAGGCCUGUUGUGAAUCACCACCCCUCUGUUUCAAAAACAACUCUCCUUCAACAAGUUCUGUUUCCAAGGAAAGUCUUAACCAUUUGUCCCUUCUGGCAUACCCUCUUCCAUUGAAAUCCAUGCAGAAUAGACCAGAGAUGGGCAGCAGUGAACCCGUUCCCAUUGCAGAAAGUGACAAGAGGAAGAAGAAGAAGCGGAAGGCCCGGGCCACUGACUCCUUGCCAGGAAAGUUUGAAGAUACGUACAAACUGACCUCUGAGCUGCUUGGAGAGGGAGCCUAUGCCAAAGUUCAAGGUGCCGUGAGCCUGCAGAAUGGCAAGGAGUAUGCUGUCAAAAUCAUUGAAAAACAUGCAGGACACAGUCGGAGUAGGGUAUUUCGGGAGGUGGAGACGCUGUAUCAGUGUCAAGGAAACAAGAACAUUUUGGAGCUGAUUGAGUUCUUUGAAGACGACACAAGGUUUUACUUGGUCUUUGAGAAAUUGCAAGGAGGCUCCAUCCUGACCCACAUCCAGAAGCAGAAGCACUUCAACGAGCGAGAAGCCAGCCGAGUGGUGCAGGAUGUUGCCGCAGCCCUUGACUUCCUGCACACCAAAGGCAUUGCUCACCGCGAUCUGAAGCCAGAAAAUAUAUUGUGUGAAUCUCCAGAAAAGGUGUCUCCGGUGAAAAUCUGUGACUUUGACUUGGGCAGUGGGGUGAAACUGAACAACUCCUGCACCCCCAUAACCACACCAGAGCUGACCACUCCAUGUGGCUCUGCAGAAUAUAUGGCCCCUGAGGUGGUAGAAGUCUUCACGGAUGAGGCCACUUUUUACGACAAGCGCUGUGACCUGUGGAGCCUGGGUGUGGUCCUCUACAUCAUGCUGAGUGGCUACCCGCCCUUUGUGGGUCACUGUGGAGCCGACUGUGGCUGGGACCGGGGAGAGUUCUGCACAGUGUGCCAGAACAAGCUGUUUGAGAGCAUCCAGGAAGGCAAGUAUGAGUUUCCUGACAAGGACUGGGCUCAUAUCUCCAACGAGGCCAAAGACCUCAUCUCCAAGCUCCUGGUUCGAGACGCGAAACAGAGACUGAGUGCCGCCCAAGUUCUGCAGCACCCAUGGGUGCAGGGGCAAGCUCCAGAAAGGGGACUCCCCACGCCGCAAGUCCUCCAGAGAAAUAGCAGCACAAUGGACCUGACCCUCUUUGCGGCCGAGGCCAUCGCCCUUAACCGCCAGCUGUCUCAGCACGAGGAGAAUGAACUGGCGAAGGAGUCAGAGGCGCUGGCUGAGGGCCUCUGCUCCGUGAAGCUUUCCCCUCCCUCCAAGUCACGCCUGGCCCGCCGGAGGGCGCUGGCCCAGGCAGGCCGCAGUGGAGACACGCAACCGAGCCCGACACCCACAGCGCUCUGUCCCACUCCGGGCCCCAGGCCUUGCCCCACUGGAAACCUGUGAGGGGCCUGCUCUGCGGCUCCAUCCAGGCCUUUUCAUCCACAAAGGCUCUCGUCCUCUUUUCCCCAGAGUCCUCAAGGAAAAAGCUUUUUCCGAAGGGGUUGUCUUUGAAAGGGAAACUAUCACUUGUCACUUUGCAUAAUCGCCUGCGGCAGGGACAUCUUUUUACUGGGCUCCUGCCCACCUGCUCACCCGCCUGCGGAUCGAGGAUCCAGCCCGCUCUCAACGGCUGGGGCUGCGGCCUUCAGGGAGCCAGCCUUGAGAAGCGUCAGUUGACAGAGGCUCUUCCCUCUCUCUGCACUGUCACCCCCCUCUGGCAGUCCUUCCACCUUCCUCUGUCCUCCGGACGUCCUCCCCCUUGGCUGAGGGAAGCCAUCCCCUCAAUUCAGGGAAGGGCAGAGAGCCUUCUGCAUUCAGGAAGCCAGAUCAGUCUUCCAGUCGAUAGUGCAGAGGAGCACAUAAUCUUUCUUUGCCAUGACCAAAAUGUGUCCGUCAUUUAUCAUCCUCUUCCUUGUUUGGGAUUGCUGCUAAAGUCAGUAUUAUUUCGUUUUUUACAAUAUUUGGCAUUUUUUCUAACCGUGCUCUUCCGACAAAGUUGAGACUUUAAACUCCCACUGUGAGCCCAUGGACUUUCCAGAGCUCUUAGGGUUCACUCUUCUCUCCUGAAUUUCCAUGCAUUUGGAAGGGUUUAAUGAGCUAUUUCCUAUUACUCUAACUGGUUUUAAGCUGUUCAGAUGAUGAGUGACUUAGAGACCAGUGUGUCUGCUGCUUCCUUCCUCAAGCCUGGUGUGGAGGGCAUCACAGGUCUGGGGCACUGAGGAGCUCUGUGCCUGAUGUGGAGCCAGGCCGGAGGCUGCCCAGCCACCCUGGUCUGAGCCGUGUGGUGCCUUCUGCUGGGGAGCUGAUAGCUGAGCAUCAGCUGAGCUGCUUAGUUAUCUAAGAAAAUCGAUUUGCAUAUGUCAGAUGUUUUUACAACACAAGGAUGCUAUUAUGCAUUGUGCUUAUUUUAAUAAAACUGUUUUAAAUUCUG